AUGGCUAUCGCUGUCUUACUCCUCAGCUUGAAUUGUGGUACCGCACAGCCGGUCAAUUCUCUCGCCAGCAGUAUCUCACAGAUCCAAACCCUUAUUGCACAAGAGACAGGAAACGGGAAUGAUGUUAUUCUGAUCAAUCAUUCAUUUGGGGGCUCUGUGGGCUGUUCUUCGGUGAAGGGCUUCUCACAAAAGGACCCGUCGAAGCUGACUCCGAACUCGGGGAAGGUUAUUGGCAUAACCCAGCUGUGUGCAUUCAUGCCACCAUCGAAUACCUCUCUAUAUGACAUGAUUGAUCCGUCAGACACAUUUCACCAUUCGGCUCCGGACGGCUGGGAAAUCAUCGACAACGGUAAUCCAGAGGAUUUGUUUUACAAUGACCUCGAUCAGGAGAGUGUUCAGCUAUGGAAAGGUCGUCUCCUCAAACAUUCAACCGCGUCACUGAAAGACCGAGAAAGUAUUUACGCUGGGUGGGCUGAUGUCCCAGUCUCGUACAUUUUCGCUGCGCAGGACCAAGCAAUCCCCAUCCAGGUCCAGGAGGCCAUGGUAGCGGCAGCACGUGAAGCGGGAGCAUCAAUUACGACCAAAACUCUCGAUUCAGGCCACAGCCCAUUCCUGAGCAAGAUUGACGAGACGGUCAGUUCGAUUCUUGAAGACGUGGAAACUUUCAAAUUAGGUUCAGCGCAUUAA